AUGAAAAAGAUGUUUCAAGAAAAUGAAGAACUAAGAAAAAAUUUAAAAUACUUUGUUGAAAGCUAAAAGUAAGUCUUAAGGUGGCCUCUGAUUGCCUAAUAAUUGGAAACACUUCAUGAUAUAAAGAUUGACAUACCCUACGAAUUAAAAUAGAUUUACUAGGAUUAUUGCUGUCCUAAACCUGAAAUAGAAUCCAAUAAUUUAUAAAUUUUGAUGUAAACUAUUAUUGAAUGUCGAUGUGAUAUGUCAUCCACACUUGAAAAGUUUGUUCAAAGAAGCGGACUUAAAAUAUCAUGUUAUUUAUUAACUAGUAGAGCAUAACAAAUCUUUAAAAAGGCAAUUGAAAAAGGUAUUAUGGUUUUUGUAAGGAAUAAGACUGAAUAGAAAAAAAGAUUAACUAAUUUUCCAAAAGCGAACAUUGUCAGGCUCAUCAAAUGUCUAGAUUUAAAGCCAAAUAAUGAACAUUGCAUCAUGGUUAUUGAAGCGGCAAAUUGUCUUAAAGAACUAUUACUAACAUAUUCAAUUAACAAAGAUAAGGAUCGUUCAGUGUAUUAUGAAGAAAUAAAAUAGAAGAUGAAUAAGAAUCAAUUCUUUCGAACUCUUUUGUGUUUAUCUUUUCUUGAUGACCUACGUAUGAUUAGUUAAAAAUUAAUUACAUCAGAUAAGUAGUUGUUGCCUGACUAUUUCCUGUAGGAUUCAAUAGAGAAAAACAAGAAUUUGGAUGUUUAUCAGUUUUUAUAUGUAUCCGAUAUGCAAUUAAAAUAUUAAAUGUACAAUGAUUCAAAAGAUCUCUAACAUGAUUAAGAAUUUAAGUACUAUAUUGAGGAAUAUCAAUAUAAUAAGUUUAAGAAGUUAUCAAAAGAAUUGAUCCAAGAGAAACCAAUGAAGAGAAGUAUUCAGACAGUAAGAGGCAAAAUUAUCACGAAUACAAAAUAUUAUCCAAGCAAAAAGACUAUUAAGUUCAAUAAAGACUUGGAUAACAACUUUGAUGAGUAAGAAGAUGAUUCUGCAGGAUGUUACAGAGUGGAUAUUCCCUUAUUUAAACAAAGUAAUUGA